AUGUUGAAGAGUGUAAUUGUCGAUGAGCAUGGGAUAAGUGUUCUUGAAGAAGUUUAUGAAAGAAUAAUCACACAUGUAUUAAACUUGGAAGAGUUUAUGAAACAAUGCAUAUUGACAGUGAUGAGUAGCGUGACUAGUGGAGAUGAAAAUAGGAAAAUAUCCAGAGGCCGUCGGUCGUCAUCAUUGGACGAAGAAGCUGGAGUCGGAGAUAACAUGGGAGAAGUCCCUCUAAAGAAAGGUCCUUGGACUGCAGCAGAGGAUGCAAUUUUGUUAGAAUAUGUCAAUAAGCAUGGACAAGGCAAUUGGAAUGCAGUCCAAAAGUAUUCAGGACUUGCCCGUUGUGGGAAAAGCUGCCGUCUGCGGUGGGCAAAUCACUUGAGACCAGAUCUGAAAAAAGGUGCAAUUACUGAAGAGGAAGAGAACAGAAUCCUUGAGCUUCAUGCAAAAAUGGGGAACAAAUGGGCUCGGAUGGCUGCAGAGUUGCCUGGGCGUACUGAUAAUGAAAUCAAGAAUUAUUGGAAUACAAGAGUCAAAAGAAUGCAACGGGCUGGCUUACCAAUCUACCCUCCUGAGUUAUGUCAGCGGUUACUUAAUGGAAAUCAAGAAAGUCAAAAUGUUGGUCCUUUGACUAUUGAAGCCUCCCAGCAGGAUGACCUCUCACAAAUGGACAAUUUUGAUAUACCAAAUGAGGAUUUCAAAACUUUCAAAUUUCUUCAUGAUCCAUCAUUAGAACCAUCAAUUUUUGAUAUGCCGGAAAGCAACUUGUUUGAACAAAGUUUGGACCCGUCUCAUAGUUACGACUACUUGUUCCAAUCAAUAUAUCAUUCAAAACGUCCCCGGAAGUCAGAGAUGAUAUACAAUAGUUUUGGUAGUUGUACAAGUAAUGUCCCACUAUUUGAUCAGUAUGACAAUUAUAGUACUGAGAAAAUUUAUGACUAUCCUAGGUUUUCUCCUCCUUUCGAUCCUGUUCUUAACACCAGCAAUCAGUUUCAUGGUGAUAACAUAAACGGCAGCCAUGCCAUGUUAAAUGGCAACAUCUCUUCUUCUGUGCCCGAAUUUGGGGCUAUGAAGAUGGAGCUCCCUUCACUCCAAUAUACAGAAACUCAACAUGGUAGUUGGGGAAUGUCUGCAUCCUCACUUCCUAGGCUUGAUUCUGUAGAUACAUUGAUUCAGUCUCCUCCAAUUGAGUCUAUUCCAUCAGAUCUCAUUUCUCCACAAAGCAGUGGUUUGCUUGAAGAAAUAGUCUAUAACUCGAAGAUGUUGAGAGACUCAAACAAUGAUUUAUUUUGUCCAGAUAUAACUGGUACUACCAACGAAGCAGCAGGGAGUUCAACCUUGUAUCAUCCCUUUAAGACAGAAUGGGAUGAGCAAGGGGAGCCAAACUCCCCCUUGGGUCAAUCAGCUGUUUCAGUUCUGACUGACUAUACUCCUAUAAGCUCAGUAGAUGGGUCCCAGUCAAUUGAAACAACUCAAGAUCACGAUGAUAAGCUCGAAGCGCUCACCCAGAUCCCAAAUAGUUACAUGAAGAAAGAAAAUUUGGAACAGAUUGAUUUUUCGCAGCGCCCUGAUGCUUUAUUUGACUUAUCUUGGUUUGGGAAUGAUACUGAAUAUGGAAUUAAUCAAUUUGAUCUAAAAGACGCCCUAACUGCACUUAUUGUUGAAGAAAGCAAGGGUGACCUUGGUGAAGAUGACAAGGGUAACCUUGGUGAAGAUGGCAAGGGCAAUCAGUAG